AUGCCAUAUCAAAAGAAGACUACAGAUGGGUACUCCUGGACUCGCGCCACGGGUGUUCGACGGGGCGGGCUUCAUUGCAGGGGAGUCGUAGAGCCGCGUGAGAAGAAUACUGUGCCUGCCGGUCACAUUUAUGACGCAAUUGUUAUUGGGGCGGGCUAUGCUGGUCUGAUGGCAGCUCGCGAGAUGACUGAUCGAGGGCUGACUGUCCUUUUACUCGAAGCCCGCGACCGAGUGGGUGGACGCACAUACACUACUGAAGAAGAUGGUAUUCUAUAUGAGAUGGGGGGUACGUGGGUCACCCACCAUAUGGCUUUUCUCUUUAAAGAAAUGACUCGUUACGGCAUGGACCGAGAUUUGACACUCACGCACCACCGGGGGUAUGAAAAUGAUUACUAUACCAUAGAUGUUCCCGGUGCAACUCCGCGAAAGCUCGCACAUGAAGAAGCCGGAAAAAUCGCGGCAAGAGGCUGGGAUAUAUUCAUUAACGUCGACGGCGAGAACUGUCGCAGGAUUUGUCCGCUUCCCCACUCCCAGUUGGAUAAUAUCCUCACCGAUAGAAAGGAAGUGGAACAGUACGACAGAAUAUCUUGUCGGGAACGAUACGACGCGAUAAAACACCUACUCACGCCUGAGGAGGCGGGAGUCCUGAUGGCCCUCUUACUUCACAUUUCGGGAGGCACGAUGGAAAAUUCCAGUGUUUGGGAUAUGGUCCGAUCGCAUGCACUUAUGUCCUACAGUUCUGAUAAUUUUGGCACCAUCUGGACUACGUUCAAACUCCGCGAAGGCCAAUCUGAGCUCGCACAUCGAAUUUUCCAGGAUUCGGUCGAACACGGACUACAGUAUGCAUUCGAAACACCAAUUUGCGAGAUCAUUCAACGCUCAAAUAGGCAAACUCAGCUCUUGGAGGUAGUUACAGCCUCUGGGGCUAUCUACAAGGCCCGACAAGCUGUCAGCACCAUUCCUCUGAAUGUCUUGCGUACCAUCAAGUUCGACCCUCCACUUUCCAACAAACGUCAAGAAGCCCUUGAAAUUGGGCAUGUUAAUUUCAUGACCAAAAUUCAUGCCGAAGUGGAAGGUCCUGGACUCGCUUCAUGGAAUGGAAUGAAGUUCCCGAAUUUGCUCAUGUUUGGUUACGGAGACGGUGUCACUGAAAAUGGGAAUGCUCAUAUUGUAGGAUUUGGCAAAGACGAGAGAUCCACAUACGUACCGGAGCGCCAUCCAGAGAAAACAAUCAGCGCUUUCCAGAAGAUGCACCCAAUGACGGUGAAAAAGAUGGUGUUCCAUAACUGGGUUACUGACCCUUGGUCUCGUGGUGGCCCGGCUUGGUGGACGCCUGAAUACAUGUCGAAAUAUCAAGAUGAGCUACAGAGCCGUCAUGGCAAUGUCCACUUCGCGUCAGCGGAUUGGGCCAACGGCUGGCGGGCAGCGAUUGACGGCGCGCUUGAGCAAGGAUUCCUUGCAGCGCAGGGCAUCAUUGCAGAGGCGAGACAGAUGGCACAGUCUCCUUUCAACCCCCCGAAUCUAGACAUAAGACACCAUCGUCAUCCUUUGAAUUUGCUUUCCCAUUGUCCAUUCAGCGAUGUGCGGAGACGUUUACUUAGUGAGCUUCUCUGGGAUGACUCUGCCUUAGCCAACAUCCCUAAGAAGUAG